GCUUUAUCGAUAAAGUUGCGUCACUACCGGCGCAGACGUGGGGGAACUGCCGACUCCAGCAACAGUUCAAUCAUCACACGCAAAUGCAUAUAUCGAUACUUCAGUUUUCGCGGAUGGUGGAAAUGACGCGAUAACAUGGCCUCUUCUCGAGAGUUGAAUGUGAGCAGGUGCUUCUGCGAAACAGCUCGCCAAAGGUACCGCGUACCCAAGCACAAGCGAGUGCCUUACGAGUAUCCUCCGCAUGCCGAUUUAGAAGAAGAUGCGGAAGCAGAAGCUGAAGCAGAAGCAGAAGCAGAAGAGGACGAUGACCAAAGCACUGCAGGAGAUGCCGGUCUUGACAACGACGAACAAACCUUGCAGCUUCAAGGCCCGCCGGUGCCGCCGUCGCCGGGUUCCUUCCCAGUUUCCGAAUCGGACUUAUCCGAUUCACUCGAAUCUGAUUCCGAUGAUUCCGUUGCAGAUGGGCUGCUCGAAGCCCUCGAAAUUGAGGUUGACGAGUCGGACGAUGAAGGCAGCCCGUUCCCCAAGAUUUCAAAAUGGCGACUGAACCUUACCGCAUUGUCACAGCUUUACAAUCUAUACUUCGUCGCAUACCGUGAGGGCAUUCAUGUCUCGAGACCCCGGAGCUGUGUUACCCAUAGCGUGUCGCCAGUUCCCGACCUGAUAUUAGCCCCGAACCCUACUGCGGCCGGGCGGCGAGUCACAGGUAUUAUCGAUGCACAGAUUCCAUACCAGCCUAACCACCUUAUCGUUGGUGAUUUGGGCGCCGAAGAGUGUAUCAUUUUGGCGUAUGAUAAUGGCGAUGUGAUAGGUUAUUAUACCAGACAUAUUGAAAAUGAGGUUUUGAGGCGCGAGCAUGGUACGGGCGAUUUGGAUCUCCUCAGCAACCUCACACCCUUUUUCCACGAAAACGUCGAGAUCUCUGCUUGGGGUCUGGCCGUCCACAAGAAGUCACGGCUCAUCGCUGUUGGUUCGAACCGCCACGAGGCUACUGUCUUCAUUCCAGCACUUUCAGGGCGAGGAACGUGGCCGGAUGCUCCCCUAAACGAAAAGUUCUACAGAAGAAUCCGCAAAGGGCAGAGCGGAAACCCCUACUAUUAUGAAUGGGAAGGGGAGGAAGGUGGACACGUAGAAAACAUUGAGGAUAAGGUUCGAAAGAGGGAUAGCAAUUGGAAACUAAACCUGGAGACGGGCAUAGCAGGCGACAACAUACCGAAUCUAUGCUUCAGCGAAGACGAACACGGCAAUGCUGAAAAGGUCGUGGCCAUUGACAUCAACGGCAACCUCUGGCUCAUGGAUAUAUGGAGUAACGCACCUUUCGUCAAGAUUCCUAGUAUUCUUCGCGAAAGGGCGCUCGCGAGACCUGGCGGCUUCGCCGCCGAGUUCAGUAGACCCAGGGGCUGGGGAAUUUUAGUUCUACCUGAGAGCAGCUUUUUGCCAGCGGAGGGGUAUGAAGAUUUGCUUGGCCUAAACAAGCAGGAUGCGAGGUUUCUUGACGUGAAAGCCGGCCGCUGGAUUGACGUCAGCAGAGCAAUAUCGAACGUGCCGAAUAAUUCGGUCUUGCAUCCAUGGAUAAGAGACCGCGACAACUCAAAUAUUCCGUUGCACGAAAGCGAUCGGCGUGCGAUUGACCAACAUAUGCGCUUCGUUGAAAACAGACCUUGGUUCGACUUGAAACCUACUAGUUCGGCACUAUUUAAAUCAUGGGCGUCUGAGCUCAAGGAUGGCAGUUCUGGCGAGGCAAACGUCGCUGAAGCCAGACGCUUGUCAAAACAGAAUCUUAUCUUGAACGAUGGGAGAAGUAUCCUACGAUUGUACGAGACAGACAUCGAGCUGCAAAGCGCUGAGCAGGACGGCGUGGGUAUCUGGUUCCAACAUGCGACGAAACAGCACCGUCCUUUCACAAGGACAACGGCGCCUGCCGAGCUUCAAUGGUCAUUCCCACGACUGGCCAACAUUAUCCAUGUACCCAACUUGUCUCUUGUCGUCGGAGGGUCGAAUUGCGGUCGGGUGGCAUUGAUCACGUUGACGCGACCAAAAGGCAACAACCUCCCGUUCAAGCGAGGCUUCAAAAUUGAGGCCAUACUGCCAACCAAGGAAGAAGAGGAUAAACACCUCCGUCCCAUAUUUCCCCUCUACGGGGUCGCGGUGGCGCCCCUGCCGCAGACUGGAAAGCCUCCCACGACUGGCCCACGUCGCUAUCGCCUCAUGAUACAGUAUUGGGACCUCAGGGUCCUCAGCUAUGAGAUUAGUCGAGACGCGUUGACGGAUGAGUUGACCAUUGUCUGAGAAUUUGCAAUUUGCAUGCAGUAUGGAGUUCAGGAAGGAGUCGGCAUUACAUAUACCCUGGGGCCUGCAUGGGAUAGCGGUGUUCUUUCACUGGCUAACAGAUUUCGUUCUUGGGUGAUUCGCAUUCUCUUCGAACAUACGGCAACUGUAUGUAGUAUUCCUAUUGGCUUAGUCUAAUCAUGUAGAAACGUCUCGAACUUCCUGUAGGCCUUUGAGAUAUGCCAUGGGGUGAGAGCAUGUAUCUUCAUAUGGGAAUGGUACAGUAUCAUCAUGUAGGCAUUGAGUGAGGGCUCGCGGUAGGCUUAUGGUAUUCAUCUCGUCGUUUUGAUCUAACCUGUAAGUAUGUUGAUGUAGAUGCACCCAUAGCAUGGCCUCCUCAAACAUGUAGAGACCGCCCGCAC